AAUGAAUGAAUGAAUGAAUGAUUUAUUCAAAAUAAGAAUCGCUUACAGUCUAUUGGCUGAAUUGCAGGUUCCUUUGAUACAAAUAUUCAACAGUAACAUUCAUUUCGUCAGCACUGUUAUACAAUUCACAAUAUAAAAGCAUAAAACAAAUCAUUUUCCUCAAUAUUUAAAACAAUUCUAUCACGGAUUAAUAUUUCAGGUACCCGUUACAAAUCUCGUGGCCAAACCCGUGUCUUCCUUGUUGACUACAGCGUAAUUCUUUUAUAAGAGUUCACACGUUAGGCCGAUUCUGUAGUCUUAACACAAGGGUAGUUGGUCACUGUGCUACAGGACGCUGACCUUUUGACCCCAAACAGCUGACGACAUCGUGGUUAAUGAUUACCAACAUGAAGGGAAAGGUCUAAAGUAAGAGCAGAUUUCCAUCAUACAAUCGACCUACACCCGGACGCGGUUUAACCGGCAACUUGCAAGUUUGUAAGGCGAAUGUUUUGUUUAUUUCUGAAGUCUUUUGAGCAUAACAUAAACGCCCAAACUCCCGUGUGAUCUGUCCUGCCGGGAGCGGCUUGUUUUGACGUUGAGACUGCGCGGCAAAAGCAAACUGUGCUACGUUUCAGGACAUUGAACUCAAAGUCUGAAACUCCACAGUGCCCUCAGCAGUACGUCACCGUGAACCGGGGGAACUUGUGACUGUCAGGGGCGCGCAAAAUCAGGCGAAUAUUGCGUCAUGAGGUCAUCAUGCAAUCAGCCGCAAUACACCGGCCGGUGAAAUAGUCUGAUAUAUGGGACUGCAAAACGGCAGAUCAGAGUCAGUCUUGGCUCGUUAUUAUUAACAACACUACAGGGCAGACGUCCGACCCGACCGAAGCCUCAAGUUCUCUACUCUACCGUGAAGGACUCCGUCCCGUCAGUCUCCGAGAGUUGUCCUCUGCGUGACCCCGUCUCGUUCCCAGAGCACGGCGGACUAGACUGACAGAUCUACAUGGGGGACUCCAUGGGGGACUACUGGCGCCUGGUCAGGUUCAUGGUUCCGCUGGCGUUUAUUACUAUAGCACCGGAUAUAGCGGACCAGGCGCUCAGUCGCAGCAUCGCCUUCUCCGAGAACGUGACAGCGAGCUACGGGCUGGCGUUCUCCCUCACCAAGUUCAUGGGCGGCGGGCUGCAGCAGACGCGGCACAUCGGGCUGAUCCUGGUCCACCAAGCCGCGGACGGUCAGCGGGCGGUCGCACUCACGGUGGUCAUGGGGCUGGUGGUGGCCGUCAUUCACAUACUCAUCGGUCUAACCCCCCUAGGACUCCUGCUGAUAGAGAAAGCCCACCAGGUGGACAGUGUGGUUGGAGCAGGCAGCAGGAGGGCCAUGCUGUUCCUCGGGGGCUUCCCACUGCUGGACGGACUGUCCUUCGUGUUUGUUGGGAUGCUGCUGCAGUACCACCACUCCCUGAUAGUGGCCGUUUCCUUCAUCUCAGAUUGCUGCGCUCAGGUUGUCCUGUCCCUGUCCCUGAUGGAGUCGGCCCUGCAGUCCUGGGACCCGAUCCUGAUCCCCAUCCUGGCGCAGUACGCCGCCCUGUUGGUGCGACUCUCCAUCAUCCUAGCCGGCUUCCUCUACAAAGUCCGGCCGAAGAUAAAACAGGCCCAGCCAUUGGCUGAGAAGGAGAGUUUCACGGUUGUGAGAGCGCUGAAGUUCUGGUGGCCGCUGGCCCUGGUGACGGUCUGCAACAAACUCAGCAGACCCAUCAUCAACCUGCUGGUGGCGCGGGACCUCGGCGGGAGUGCUGCGGUGGAGGCGGUUGCAGUUCUGACAGUUGUGUAUCCCAUCGGCCACAUGCCGUACUCCUGCCUGAACGAGAUGAAGUCCGUGGUUCCCGCCUUCAGAAAAAGAGGCCAGGGCCGCCGUGUCAUCCCGUGGCUCACACUCAGCAAGUUUGCCCUCGCCUGUCUCCUGCUGGUUCUUACGGUCGCGUUAGUUGUGUUCUACGUUCCUGGCAUCACCUUUGCCAUCAUGACCGGCUGGAUCGAGACCAGCGCAAACAUCGCCCGGCUCUGCCAAAAACCGCUGCAGAUCUUCGCAUUCGUCGCCGUACCAGUGGGGGUUAGAGCGUUCCUGUCCAGCUGGCUGAUGGUGCAGAAGAGAACGUGGAUCCUCACGCCCAGCGCCAUAGUCCGCACGGUUGCCUUGGUUACGGCCCUGGUGGUCCUCCCCAAGCUGCAUAUACGUGGUGCAGACAUGGGGAUAGCAGCCCUGCUGACGGGGUUUCUGGCUGAGGUAGCUGUGGUUGCUCUCGGCUUUCUCAUCAUCAGGCGAAGACUGCAGAAUCAGAUGCCAACUCCUGAUGACACCAGCACAGAAACGGGAGGCGCGACUUCACCUGGCAGCCAGACCGACGAAGCCGGUCGGCCCAUGCUGACAGAACACGAAACUACACUAUAGCAGGGCGAGAAUACAGUCCACUACACCACGGUAUAUAACGUUACUUGUAAUUCACUUUAUGUUCAUGAUAGCAAAAGUUCACCGUCUGAGAAAUGUUCAUGGAACUAUAUAUUCACGGUGGCGACAGGUGCAGGAAAAAGAAAGUCCAGGAAUUAUUUGUUAUCUGUAAUGAUAAGUUCACCGUACAAAAGUGACAGUGAAAACAGUGAACAUAUCAGAAAAAAAAAUCAGGAAUUACAGUACAUUAGCAUGAGCCAUUGCGAAAAUGCAUUCACUAGUAUACAACUUGAAGGCUACUCUAACUCGCAGAUGUUGUUGGCCGUUUUUAAAAUGAUUUCAAGUAAAUAUUUAAAAUGACAUUUUGUAAAUAUUUAAAAUGACAUUUUGUAUUAUUACAAACCGGUGUACUUACAAGUGUAUUGACUUAAUUCUUUACAGUAUCUUUAUCUAUUAUAUAAUAAUAGAUAUUUUAAAAUUUGGCCCAAAUUUCAACAGGCAUUCAGCGUUAAAGUUGUUUCCCAACAUUCAUGCUUUACUGAGUAUUGUGUAAUUUUCAUAGGAAACAUGAAGUUUUUUAUGAAUGAAAGGUGAUGCAUUACUGAGUAUCCCUGUAAUUUCCAUACAAAAGGUGACAUGUU